AUGCAGAUUGCAAUAUACACAAUUAUCAUCGCUUCCUUAAUGUCGGUGAAGCCGAUAGUUACAGAGAGCAAAAACGAUACUACUACUAGACCCAAAAUAGAUAGAAGUUAUUACCAAAUGCCAACUUUCAUUAACGUCUGUGACAUCAGUGACCGGCGAUCUAAGUUGCAUUGUUACUGUGAUAGUAAUAAGCCAAAAUUAGCCACAAAAGUCGAUUGCUGGAUUUUCAGCAGCGGAAUCACAAAAGACGAUCCCAUUUGGCCUAGUUUCAUUUCGCAACCAGAAAUCGAACGCCUGACAUUCAACGUGCGCAUUGAAGACGCUCUAACUUUUAUACCAGCCAAAGCUAUCGUCAGAUUAGAUAAAUUAAAAUACAUAUCAAUUCAGCUUGCGACAAUAAAAAGAAUACCGCCUUACGCGUUCACCAAUUCAUCUACUAUAAGACAGAUAAUUUUAAAAUCCAACAAAAUUUCAACGCUAGAAAAGCACUCUUUUUCACAACUGAUGAUGUUAUCAAAUCUCAGUUUGGACGAUAACCACAUCUGUGAGCUGAAGAGGGACGUUUUUUUCAAUCUUCCCAACUUGCACAUCUUACAUCUAUCUAACAAUAAUUUGAGUCUGCUGCACGAAGGUUGCUUCAAACACUUAAAUAAUUUAAUUGAGCUAAGGCUCGAUACAAAUUAUAUUUCGGUUAUCACAAAGGAGAUGUUAGAGGGAUUAGAGAAUCUCUCUAAAUUGAAUCUAAAGAACAAUAAGUUAACUAUGGUUGGCAACUUGGCUUUUAGCGAGUUAUGGGGAUUAAAAGAAUUGAUGUUGGACAAUAAUGCAAUAGAGUACAUAUCGGAGCGAGCUUUCGGAGGACUGAUCCAGUUAAGAAAGUUGACACUCUCCGGAAACAAGUUAACAUCGUUUUACGAAGACGUACUCGCAGAUAUAAGAAGUCUUAUUGUGUUGGAUUUACGAGAUAAUCUUUUGACGACAAUAUCCUACGAAACCAUCAGGCCCGUAGUGGAAAACGACAAGGCGCUUUCUUCAGUUGUCUAUCUCGACGGUAAUCCACUGAGCUGCGACUGUCGUCUGGCCUGGAUAUACGCCCUUCGCAACGAAACGAAAGACAGCACACUUAAAAAUGCUCUAGAAAAAGUAACAUGCCUCACAGAAAACAACGAUAUCGAUAGAAAUUUAAACGACCAAAUUGGAGAACAAGGUGAAAAUCCUAAUUUAGUUUCGCACACUAGCUACGAAUAUUAUGACAAAAAGAUGGAGAGAACCGAGUUUGAGAUGGACGAUGAAAUAAAUAUUACAGAUGAAACGCAAGACAUGCCUAUCAAACUUUUAGAUAUACCGGUGGAAGAACUUUCAUGCCCAAAAGAAUUGAUGAAGUCCAUACAAGAUUCGUACGGGCAUCCGAUACAAAACGAAAUAAGAUUAAAGGCAUUUUCAGGUAUUCACACUAAGUUCACGCUCUCAAAUGUUGGCACGGCGCCCAGAUUCAAUCCAAGUCUUGAGCAUUCUAAGCCCGGUUACUUUACAUGGAGUUUUUCAGUGGGUAAUGACGCUUGA